AUGGAUGAAAAUAUAGCACUGGGACCCGAUAUGAUUGUGCAUGGCGACGAGACUUUGGAAGCAUUGGGACAACGACCGGCACGUGGGAACACGAGCAGAAGUCAUGGCUCAACUCCAGUUCGGUCCCGUCUUGGUGCUAUGAGGUCCAACCUGGAGAUGGAUAGUUGCCAGAGUACCAACCCGGACAGGAGUGUCGGUGAAAAGCAUCCAAAGUUGGGUACAGUACAGUACUCUAAACGCAAAGGUCACCAAGGGGACAGAGCUCAACCCACAAAAAAUGGACGAAUGAGCUAA